CACUCAAAUGAGGGAGAGUGAGGAACUGAAGGUGAACUGUUGACAUUUACAACAUGUGGACAUUUUUGUACUUAAUAAUUGAAUCGUGAAGGAAUCACGCGGACAUAUGGAUACAGUUGGUGGUGACAACUGGAGGAGACGCACAAGGAGCGCGCGAGCGUGCCGCAGACAACAAACCGGAGCACGAGCCGACGAGUCCAAUGUGCUGCGGGGUCUCAGCGUGGGAAACACGGAAGAAGAGUGUGUCAUGAAGGGGGACACCGGCCUCUUCAAGCAGGACAACCUGGAGCAGAGGGUCAUGGCUCCCCGAUACAACCUGCUACGGGAGGUGGGAAGGGGCACAUACGGCGUGGUGUACGAGGCGGUGGCACGGAGGUCCGGUGCUAAAGUUGCCGUGAAGAAACUGCGAUGCGACGCGCCGGAAAACGUGGAGCUGGCCCUGCAGGAGUUCUGGGCGCUGGCAAGUCUGGAGAAACGCCAUCAAAACGUGGUGCAGCUGGAAGAGUGUGUGCUGCAGAAAAACGGGAUGGCCCAGAAAAUGAGUCAUGGGAACAAACGGUCCAAACAGUACCUGCGGCUGGUGGAGACCUCACUCAAAGGUGAGCGAGUGCUUGGUCCUCCAGAGGAGCCUUGCUACCUCUGGUUCGUCAUGGAGUUCUGUGAAGGCGGUGACCUCAACCAGUUCAUCCUGUCUCGGCGGCCCAACUCACAAACCAACAACAGCUUUAUGCUCCAGCUGACCAGCGCCGUUGCUUUCCUGCACGAAAACAACAUCGUCCACAGAGACCUCAAACCCGACAACAUCCUCAUCUCCGAGAAGUCGGGGACUCCAGUUCUCAAGGUGGCCGACUUCGGCCUCAGUAAAGUUUGCGCAGGUUUAGGAGACACCAGUCAUGGGAAAGAAGGCGAGGACAAGAACAAAAACGUCAAUGUCAACAAGUUUUGGUUGUCAUCGACAUGUGGCUCAGACUUCUUUAUGGCCCCAGAGGUGUGGGAGGGCCACUACACAGCCAAGGCUGACAUAUUUGCCCUAGGGAUCAUCAUCUGGGCCAUGUUGGAAAGAAUUACGUUCAUUGACGCUGAGUCGAAGCGGGAGCUGCUGGGUUCAUACGUGAGACAAGGAGCAGACAUUGUGCCGGUGGGUGAGGCGCUGCUAGAGAAUCCAAAGAUGGUACUGAGCAUCCCACAGAAACGCAGGUCAUGCAUGUCUGACGGAGUGAAGAAGCUGCUGCAGGACAUGCUCGCUGUCAACCCUCAGGACCGGCCCAAUGCUUUCGAGCUGCAGGCCAGAAUGGACAAGGUUAUGUGUGCUGCAUGACCCUCAACCAGAUUGUUUUACAGACUCGUGUUUCUGUCUGGAGCUGCUACACCAGUGAGGGUCUCCCUGUGUGAAUCUGAAGACCGUGAAGAUGAGGGAAACGCAAAGGAAAGCCGCUGAAUGCUGUUCAGUCUCAAUGUUGAAAUUGAAUUUUUUGCUUUCGUUCAACUUGUUUACAGUCAGUCUGUCAAUUCUGAUUGAGAAUGUUUGCCGUGCCCUGAAUAUUAUAAUAAAGCAAGCAACAUAUUGUCUGCUGCUUAGUGGGAAGCUUGAUUAAACAGACGUAGCUAUGCCUCCAUUAAAGAAUAGAGGUCUGGAGAAAUUCCCAUCAGGAAACUCUGUGCCAAGGACACCAAGGACACCAAGGACACCAAGGACACCAAGGACACCAAGGACAGUGCAGUGUUUGACUCUAAAGUGAAGUUAGUUUACAGUGUGCAUAUAUAUAUAUAUAUGUGUGUGUGUGUGUGUUCACAGGGGUGAUCGUCUCCAGUGGUCUGACACUUAAAUUAUAUUUAAUGAAAUCAAAACACUGUGACACUGGAAACCUCUUCGAAAGCUUCAGUGAAGUCUGGUCCUGCAUAAGAUAUUUCACUUUGCUGACAGACAGUCGUGUCUCCCAUCUGUGAUCUAGUAAUCAUCAUUGCCAUGUGUUGCCCCAGUCAGAUUUGUCCCCCUUUUUCCUGUCGUUGGGUUUGAAUUUCUCCAGACGUCUGCUGGUUUACAUUCAGGUAUGCUACAGAGGAGUCAGAGGGUUAUAUGUGUGAAAUCCAUAGUCGUGGUAUGUGUCAUUUUAGAUUGUGAUAUCAGUAUGUAUCAUGAUAGUCGAUUGUCUGGCAACUCCACUGAGACAAUUCAGUCAAUUAAGUACUUUCACAAAUCCUGUAAACCCAGUACUGUCAUGAAGUGGUCAUGCCUAGAUUCACAGCACUGCCUGCAAUGUUCUGAAGUGACAGUUACCUGGUGUAAACAGUAGAGCAGAAUUUGUAAUGGUUGUCAAACUUUUAGAAAAUCACAGUAACAACCCUAUUAGCAGCUGGGUUUUGCUUUUCUUAUUUUACUGUCUUAUUGGAAUUUUACAGCUUAUAUAGAAUCUCAGUCGCACCAAAAAAUCGCUCAACCUGCCCUUUCCACACACUGUCACCCUUUACUUCCACAGGCAUUUCCACAGGUUUCAGUGGCGAUGCAGCAGCGGCUAUUAGAGUAUUUUCAGGUUUAGUUGAGUUCCUCAUGGUCGUGUUUGAUAUCGUUUUUGUUUCCAUGAAUGCAAAAACAAGGGAAGUAAAGCCCAGGUCAGAUUUAAGCAGAAUUAAGGUUUUGAAGCAGAUUUUUGUGUUUUUAAUUGUUAUUUGUGUUCCGUCACUUUUUGGUUAUAAAAAGUUUGCAUUUUAUUUACAACACUCUUUACAAACUGAAAUGUGAAAACAUCCCGUAUCAAUACGUUGUUGUGGUAAAUUGUGUUGAAAAGAGAAACAUGAACAGGCCCCAAACUGGACACAUGGGAUAGAGUGAAUGUUCUCACACGUCCCAUGCUUUUUUAACCUUUUGUCUUUGACUAGAAACCCAGUGUGUGUGGAUAAGAAGUUAUUUGGCGGUCUGUCAUUUAAAUUUGGCAUCAUGGACGCUUUGGUUUCCAGUGUAAUCUAGUUCUUUAUACCUAUGGUGCCUUGGAAUUGCUAGUCAGGUAAAACUUUGGCUCACGAUCAGCUGCUUUAUUUUCCUUUGGCUUGGCACUCCAAAUAUAAUGUCAGGGUACAUGCUCUCGAGGAUUUUGUUUGAUUUGAGAUUUUAUUUACAGUGUAAUUAUAGAUGAGGAAUGAUACCUGUUAUACAUAAUGUGUGCCCCCAAGAAAAAUAUGGUUUUCAGAAAUUCUCUCGUGAUCAUUAGGAAUAAGACAUGAACCAGUAUUUUUUACUGUGGACCAUUUACUUGUUGAUUAAAAUCACAUUUUAAAGGGAACUGAAGAUUGUUAGAACAGCUGCCAACCAAUGUUAAAGCAGCAAAGCUGUUAUUUUGCAGGGUUUAGGGCCAUUCUAGGUUCUAAACUGUGAUGGAUAGGAUUUGUUUCUUGUUGAGAAGUGAUCACUCUUAAUGUAAAAAUCACCCACAGGCCUUUGAGACGCAUAAUUGUGCCUGUGAUCAGAAGUGGAAUGUGAAAAAGAAUGAGUCUCCAGACAUUUUGAAACGUUUGUUCUAUGAACCACAGCUGAAUAUUGUAACUGUUGAUGUUUUUGCCCUUAAACUAAAGGUUCAAAUGCAGAAGCUGAGAGUUUUCUCAAGUCAUUCAUAUGUUGAACUGAACUGGGACCCUGAAUGAUUUAAGAGAAUCCUGUUUCUUUUUAAUUGUACUACCUCAUGUUUCUGCACAUUUUCACCUUUCCUUCACUGAGCCAUUGUUUCAUUUUCCCAACAAAGACAUUCCUCAGUAAGCGACAGAACCUGGCACAUUUCAGAGCGACAGCUUUCUGUUUCAUGUCAUCACAGUGUGUGUUGGCUGUGUGCAGUUUCCCUUUGAUUGGAAAUGCAUCAUAUGGGUUUGGAACAAGCAACACAGCUUUUGACUUGUGGUUUACACACCUUAGCUCAACAUGGGCCACGACGUACUUUGGUUAAUGUUUUGAACUUCAAUGAAAAAUGUACCUCAGUUCCUCACCUUUGUUUCACUAAUGUAUGAACAUUUGGUUGUGUGGGGUAGAAAUGAUAAUCUUGAACCGAAGAUAAGCUAAUGGUAGAGCCAAGCUUGAGAUGAUCAGCUGACACACUGUUUUAUUACAAUUUAUUCUGAUUUCUGAGGAAUAGCUUUUGUUUUACUUUAAUUUAGAUGAAUGUAUUUAAAAUGUCAAAAGAUUUAAGCAGCCCCUCAAAAUAUUCUCCUCCAUGUCCAUGCAGCUGCCUCUGGAUGGUUUCCUGUGGAGUUGAAUGUACCUGUAAAUGUGUGCAGGGACAGGGUGUUCGACUAAAUGACUAAUAGGUCACUUGUUUUACAUGCAACAGUCUUCUAUGCAACUCUGCCUCCCUGGACAGACUGUGGAACAAUCCGGGCCUGGCUGGUUUUGUUUUAGUCAGAUGACUUGACCCUUUAUUUCAACAGACUCUGCAGUCCUUGGUUGUACAUGUUUCUAAAGCCAUUUGCUUAAAUUAAGACAUGUUUUUUUGUUUUUUUUUAUUGUUGAAUUUGUACAUAUCAGGGCUCUGUUUCAAUAAAGGUUGGA